AUGGGCCGGGGGUCGCUGGCCGCCCGCGGGCUCCGGCUGCUGCUGCCGCUCUUGCCGCAGGUCGGACUCACCCCCCUGUCCCCACAGGUGGCGCUGGGCUUCGCGGACGGCAGCUGCGACCCCUCGGACCAGUGCCUGCCCCAGGCCCGCUGGAGCAGCCUGUGGCACGUGGGGCUCAUCCUGCUGGCGGUCCUCCUGUUGCUGCUGUGUGGGGUCACAGCCGGCUGUGUCCGGUUCUGCUGCCUCCGGAAGCAGGCGCAGGCCCAGCCACAUCUGCCACCAGCACGGCAGCCCUGCGACCUGGCGGUCAUCCCUUUGGACAGUGACAGCCCUGUACACAGCACUGUGACCUCCUACAGCUCCGUGCAGUACCCACUGGGCAUGCGGUCACCUGGACCCUUUGGGGAGCUGGACCCGGACUCCACGGCUCCUCCUGCCUACAGUCUGUACGCCCCGGAGCCUCCACCCUCCUACGAUGAAGCUGUCAAGAUGGCCAAGCCCAGAGAGGAAGGGCUAGCACUCUCCCAGAAACCCAGUCCUCUCCUUGGGGCCUCAGGCCUAGAGACCACUCCAGUGCCCCAGGAGUUGGGCCCCAAUACCCAACUACCACCUUGUAGCCCUGGUGCCCCUUGA